UUUGUCUAUGGCUGGUGUAGAUGGAGUUACUACACAUGAUGAAGAAAACAGCAAGUUUGUUGGGUUUGUAGGACCAGGCACCAGUGUCACUAGUGUAGCGACUGCUAUCACAACAACCGUGCACAAGAUUCCCGUUGUUUCUUACGCUGGAUCCAGUAUGGAGCUCAGCGAUAAAACUCGGUUUCCUUACUUUCUGCGAACCUGGCCACCAGGCUCCCACCAAGCUGCGGCUAUUGUUGAUGUUUUACUCAGAUUCAAAUGGUCGUAUGUUGGACUUGUUUACUCAAGAAACACUUACGGGAUUCAUGGCGCUCAAGAAAUCGAAAAACUGGCCGAUACUCACAACAUAUGCUUAGCUUUUUCGGUUCCACUUCCCGAGACGGUCGAAAAACGAGAUAUUGACAUUGUUAUGGAGAAGAUCCUGAUAUUCCAGAAAGCUAAAGUCGUCAUUUUCUUCGUCCAUCCAGCAAAAAGUGGUAUCGAAGUUCUUCAAUCCUUGAUGAAGACGAUUCCUGAUCAUCCAGGACUAAUAAUAGUUUCUGGUGAUUCUUUCGUGAGCUACUUGAAUUAUUAUGGUGUUGCAAACGUUACGAGAGGUAGUGUUGGUAUUCGCUCUUACUACAAAGAGGUUCCCGGAUUCAGGGAACACAUCCAAACUGUUCAAAUGGAGGGAAUGCCGGUGAGCCCGUGGUUCGAAUGGUUGCAAAAUUAUCAAGUAUCGACAAACCCAAAGUGUCAAAACAUAACACAGUGUCCCCUGUACUGUUAUGACGGUUAUUGCAAUGAUCAUUAUGUAGUUGAUGCUGUCAGUUUAUAUGCUUCAGCUCUAGACAAAGUCUUGAACCAGAUAUGUAAUGGCAAUGUGAACUGUCUGAUUAAGGAGAUGAGUGGUCCAUUGCUCAUAUCAUAUCUGAAGAAUACAAGCUUUCAAGGUGUUGAUGGGCUCUUUACAUUCGACGUCCAUGGACACCCUGGUGCCAAAUAUGACCUGACAAUGCUUCAGUACCUUAACGGCUCUCAUCGAGAAGUUAACAUUGGAUUUUGGGAUUCACGUUCUGAGAACAACAACCAUCUAGACAUGACUUUGGAUGACCUCCCUUGGCCUGAAGGUCACACAUCACCACCAAUAUCUGUUUGUCGUGAGACAUGUCUCCCAGGGUACAUCUCAGUCCCACUUGUCACCAAAUGCUGUUAUGGAUGCCAACGUUGUCCGAUCAACACUAUCGUAGUCAAUGACACAGAGUGUCGUCCGUGUGUAAACUUUUUUUGGCCGAAUGUCAACUACACUCGCUGCGAGAGAAUCGCACCUUUAUCCACUGAAUGGCAAAGUGCUUUGACUUGCUCCAUACUUGCUUUUACUGGUCUCGGUGUGGUUCUUACAUCUUGCACUGGUACGGGACUGAUUUAUUACCGUCAUCAUCUAUUGAUCAAAGCAACGGGACGAGAACUAAGUAGUGCCAACCUCCUAGGUCUCUUACUAUCCUGCUUGACUGUUAUUCCUAUCCUGAUCAUUCCAACCGAAUUCUCUUGCGCCUUAUCUGACGCCAUGAUUGCCCUCUGCCUCACGCUGACAUACGCUCCUACGCUACUCAAGGUGAAUCGCAUCCAUCGUAUCUUCAAAGGAGCUAAGAAAUCAAAAAAACGACCCAAGUUGGUAUCUCCACGGCAACAGCUAUUCUUGGUAUCGGUUUUCACAGCUGUACAAGUACUCAUCGUCAUUGUGACGGUCAUUUUCUACCCAUCUGUACCCACGAUGAUCCAACCAUCAACACAGGAGAAACUUGUGGAGAUUUACUGCCUCUUUCGCUCCGGUUUCUUUGCAUCGUGCAUCUACAACCUCCUCUUAGUCCUCGCUUGCUGCUACUACGCCUUCAAGACCCGUAAGGUACCAAGUAACUACAAUGAGUCCAAGUUCAUCGCCGCCAGCGUCUACUCAACACUUCUCUUGGGCUCAGCAGCAGCCUUGGUGUACACUACUGCCGUAGGAGUAGAGACAAUAAAAGCUACCCUGAGUUUGGUUGUACUUCUCAAUGCUUAUCUGACACUAGGCUGUGUCUACCUGCCAAAGCUAUACGCGGCACGUUUCAUCCGAGAUUUGAGCGUUCUUGGUGUGCGCAGCUCCAGUGGGCACGCGGAAAUCGGGCCCUCAUCAGUUAGUGAUGUCGGGUCGGCGUUGGCUGAUAAUUCCUAUAGCGGUGGGCCUUUGAGUAUUUCUCAAAGAAGGUCCGCCGUGUAUCCAGAAAAAGUAAAAUCCUCGGACAACAUCUAAAUCGAAGACUACAUAAUACAACAUUUAAUAACUGACUUUCAGAGCCCGCAAGAUAUAGGGAAUGCUACUUGUUUAUUGAAUAAUUUUUGUGCAAGGAAACCCAUCCAUCAACGACAAUAGAAUAUUGUUUCGUUAAUAUUAGUUUCUUGGAAAGGUUUUUGAAACAAUAUGAUAUAGUAUAGUAAAAUAUAUACAAAAUGUAUAGUCUUAGUCUUAUUAAUUUAUUCAUGUAAAAUAUUAAACUUCAUCAUUGUGUAAAAUUCAUUGAAACAAGCUGUGUUGUUUUGUAGUUUGAGCUAAUAGAGUGUUGUUAUAAACAUCGUGUGUUUUAAUGCAGUGGCUAUUCUGAUUCGUUUAGACUUAGUUUAAUAUACGACAGUAUCAUUAUCAUGGUUUUAUAAAAGUGCUCGAUAUUGAAUAGUUUAAUGAGCACCGUCUGGCUGUCA